UCAACCGACACUCCGCCUUUCCGGAAUCAAUGGGACUCAAAAUAGCAGAAACAAAUCUUCCCAAAAGAAAAAAGUUCAUGUGGGACAUUUUCAAAAGAGCUCCGAGGACCACAUGAAGUCCCAGCUGAACAUGGAGAGUUUGACCAAGCCGGAGUUGCUUAUGCUCUUCAGCAUCCUGGAAGGAGAGCUGGAAGCAAGAGACCUGGUCAUUGAGACGCUCAAGGCUCAGCGGAAAGACCUCUUCAUCCAGGAGCGCUACGGCAGGUACGACCUCAGCGACCCCUUCCUGGCCCUGCAGAGAGACGGCGAGACGGUGGGGUCCCAAGAGGGCAAGGACCAAGGCUGCACCCCGGCCACCUCCAACCCCCUGGUGGUGCUCAAGCUGGUGGUGAGCCACUGCAGGAGGAUGCAGGAGAAGAUGCUGACUCAGCUGGCUGCGGCCGAGAGCCGGCACAGGAUGGUCAUUGCGGACCUGGAGGAGGAAAAGAGGAAGCACGCCGAGGACACGGCCGAGGGCGACGACGUCACCUACAUCCUGGAGAAGGAACGGGAGCGCUUGCAGCAGCAGGGAACUGCAGGGGGAGUAAGAAAACCCCACGCCGUGACGCUCUUCUUUUCCCGGCAGCUGGAGUUUGAGCGCGGUCAGGUGCGGCGCCUGGAAAAGGAGCAGCGGCGAAUGAGCGAUCAGCUGGAAGAGGAACGAGCGCAGCACAAGCAGCUGUCGUGCGCCUUGGCCAAAGAGUGCAAGUGGGCCAGCAACAGAGCCCUGGAGGAGGGACACCGGGUCGCCGAGCUGGGCCGCAAGCUCGACAAAGAGAGGGAGGCGUGUCAGGCCCUGAGGAAGGAGCUGGAGGAGGAGCAGAGGAGAGCUCUGAGGAUGGAGGCCCGCGUGGAGGAGCAGCUGGCCGAGUUUGACACGGAGAGAGAGCAGCUACGCUCCAGACUCAAGAAGGAGGAGGCUAACUGCCGUCUGCUGCAACGACAGGUGGAGGAGCUGCAAAGCAAGCAGAGUGAUGUCACCGUGGCGACGGACAUCCCGGCGGGGGUUGGUGCAUCAUCGGAGGUCAAAGGUCAAGAGAAGCCGGCCGAUGAAGAUGACGACGAAGGCCUGACAGAAGUUAACGGUCAGCAUUUUGUGACGGAGGAUCCUAGCAGCUCAGAGAAGGUCCCAAAUGGGAGCGUCCUUCAUGGAGGUCCGCUGUCUUCUUCUACCGUCCUGACUAAACGCGCCUCUGGCGGUCUCAGCCCGGUUGGCGGUGCCACGCCCUCACCAGGCUACCAGUCUCCCUACCAGGCGGGCAUCAACCAGCGGUUCCACGCUGCUCGCCACAAGUUCCAAAGCUCCCCCGACCCGGAGCCUCCACACCAGCCGGCGGCCGCCCCGCUCCCGUCCCCAAAGGACGCCGCCCCCGCGAGCGCCACCCCUCCCCCCACAGAAUCCCUCCAGGUCAAGCAGUUGGCGCGCAGCACCGUCACCCAAGCCCUGUCCCGCUUCACCACCGCGCAGCAGCAGACGCCAAAGCUGGCCAACAAUUCCCCCUUCGGCACGGACUACCGGUGCCUGGCGGCCCCCUUGUCGCCCGUGGCGGGCCGAGCUGCGGCGCCACAGGGGGUGCGCUCGCCCACCAUCCCCAGGGCGGAGAGGGGGAACCCUCCUCCCAUCCCACCCAAGAAGCCCGUGCUGGUCCAAGGCCCUCCCUCUCCUGCUUCGCUUCCCAGGUCGAGCGGUCAGUCCGGAGGCUGCGGUCUGACGUCCAGCCAGGACGCGGUCCAAGAACUGGACGUGGUCGUCUCCUAAAAAAACACUCCUCAUUAUUUCUCUGUAUUUAUUAUUACAGAUACAAGUCAUCCUUGCUUUUAUUAAUAUAAAACUGUACAUUUUUGUAUAUAUUCCGUACUUACAAGAUCAUAGAAAUAUAAUUUUAUACCUAAAUAUUGACUUAUUAUUAUGUAAUAAGCAGCACAAUAAUUUACAAUAUUUUUGUAAUUGAUAUUGUGGCACUCAUUCCUGUUUUUUUGCUGGAAGGUUCAAUAAAUGAAAAGAAAACAA